GGGAAGGUCACUGAACAUGUGAUAAGAAAAAAACCUUUACGUCGUAGGGAUUAAAAAAAACACGAUCGAAGUGUUUGACCACAAACACUCGAUUCCCAGAUGGAAAUGAAUGUUGCAGAGAAUCUUCCCAGCAAAGAUGGGGAGACAUCUGACAACACCAUGGAGAAGACACCGAGGCAAGAUGUGUGGAACAUGGCCGACUUGGAAGGGAUGUUCAGGAAGGUUGCUGAAACAAGGAAGGGAAGGGAGAAAUUGAUGAAGUCGUAUAAAAGACUUCGAUACAUCUACCAUCAACUGAAAGAAAGACUUGAGGUUGAGCAGGAGAAGAAAAAUACAGGCCAAGAGAAGACAGGAGACAGUCAGGUAAAAGCUGAUGAUGUGAAGUUACAAGAGGCUAGCGUUGUCACAUCAAGACCAAAUGAUAACACUGAUACAACACAUCUUAAGGAGCCUUGCAGAGAGCAACCCACUUAUGAUGGCAAGAACCAGCAUCUCCGUUCUUCUGCAACCCUACAUGCCUCUACUUCCAGUGAAGGUCCACACUGUCUACCAAAGGCUGGAAACAUUAUUCCGGCACACACCGAGGGAAGGAGUUAUGAGAUAACAGAUGAAGACAGUGAUGCCGAAGAUGUUCUGGAACACGAGCCUAUGAUCACCGGAGAGUCGUCAGCUGCUUCUGAUGCGAGAAAUGUUGCAAUGCCUCAGUCAUCAGUAUAUCGCUAUGUGCAAGGUGUCAAUCCAGGUGUUGUCUCUUUGCCAAAUACAGACAUGAUUGAUGUGCAAAGUUUAUAUAAAUCAUUAGGUAUACAAAAUGUGUAUACUUCUGAAAGCCCAAAUGGAUCUGAUACACACCACACACAGGAGCGGGGUAUGAGUAGUUCCUGUUUUCAAGGGCUUAAUGCACAACAGCCACCGAAGCAGGGGAUGAGUAGUUUCUUUGCUGAAGCUUCUUUAAAUGGUUCCAGAUCAGAUCCACAGAUGAAUCCAGUGGCAUCUUUGGACCAUGGAGCAUCUGUUGUUGCUGCAGACACAUCGAAAAAUGAACUCAAAAAGAUGUUGUUUCCUUGUACAGUGUGUCCCAUAUGUAACAAGAGCUUCUCAGCAAAGUCAGUUUUGAAAAAACAUUUGCUCAUUCAUUCCAACACGCGUCCAUUUAAGUGUGGGACUUGUGGGAAUGGGUUCAAUUCAAGAAGUUCUCUACAGACUCACGAGAGGCUCCAUUCCGGAGAGCGUCCCUAUGCAUGUCGGUAUUGUGAGUUGAGAUUUGCGGUCAGUAGCCACAGAACAACGCACGAACGGACUCACACUAAGGAGCAGCCGUACCAAUGCGAGUUCUGUUCACGUCGCUUCUCUCUCAGCUGUUCUCUGCAACGGCACAGACGGCUCCACACAGGGGAGAGGCCACACAAAUGCAGCGAGUGUGGCAGUGAUUUCAAACAGAAAGAGCAUUUGAAGUACCACAAAGCGAAAUAUCAUACUGGCGAGAAGCUGCACAAGUGCACUGAAUGCAGUGAAGCUUUUGUGUAUGCCCAGCAGCUGAAGCACCACAAGGCCAGGGUUCACACGGGAGAGAUGCUGUACAAGUGUACAUACUGCAGUCAGGCAUUUUCCUACCCCCACCAGUUAAGGUCUCACAGGGCCGAAGUCCACAUGGAUGAGACUCCUUACAAGUGCAGUCACUGUGGGGAUGCUUUUAACUCUUGCCAGGAGCGGGACGAUCACAGAGAUAAGGUUCACACGGGUGGGAACCCCUACAAGUGUGAUGACUGUGUUUGCGUGUUCUACCAUCCCAAGGAGUUGAACCACCACCGGAUGCAGGUUCAUCAGGAUAAGACAUCCCUAGGACAGUCCGACUUUCCAACUGAUGUGGAUGUAGAUGUAGAUUAAGACUCUAGAGUCAGCUUCAGUGUGCUUUGAUUGGCUUACUGAGGAGGUGGAGGAGAACCAGCAGGUGCACUUUCUCUGAAAUUACCUCAACUUACAGGUCUGUUUGUUCUUGAGGGUGAAGUGUGAAUUGCAAGGGACUGACCAUUUGAUAUUGUGGAGGGGGCCUGGGAUUUUGUAUCGAGAUUAGAUAUUUGCAAUCAAACCAGAUAUCUUUAUAUUCAAAGCUGUGAGUCUGAUUUUUUUGGAUUGCGAAAAACACCUUGCACCAAUCUUUUGCGGCAGGCAAUUACUCAUUUAUUUUCAACAGUCUUAAGCAUGAUCAUAUUUUUCAAGAAUCUUCAGGACAAUUUAUGUUUCAGGACAUAAUCCACCCCCAAACCGUAAGUAUAUCAAAUGAUUGGUCUCAGUCCCUAAUUGAUGUAUUUUCAUUGUCAAGAUGUAUUCUGUUUCUGUGUUUUCUUUACUGGCAAUGUACAUGAUUUCAUGUUUUGAGAUACGUGACAUGAAAUAUUCUUGAACCAAAAUUCUGUUGUAUAAAUCGAGCUUGAGAGAGUGUUAGUUCUUGAGAAUGUGUGUCACUGGAGAUAUUAUAGCCACCACCAACAUCCAGUUGUAGAUACCUAGCUAGUGAGGAGUGUUUGUGUUCGUUUUUGAGGAUGUGUUGCACAGGAGAUACCCUAGUUAUUACCAACAUCCUGUUGUAGAUUGUAGAGUUAGUUCUUGGGAAUAUAAUGCACAGGACAUGCUGUUGCUACAACCAAGAUCCUGUUGUAGAUAUCUAGCUCGUGAAAAGUGUUAGUUCUUGAGAAUAUGAUGCACAUGAGAUACUGUCGCUACAACCAAGAUCCUGUUGUAGAUAUCUAGCUCGUGAAAAUUGUUAGUUCUUGAGAAUAUGAUGCACAGGAGAUACUGUUGCUACAACCAAGAUCCUGUUGUAGAUAUCUAGCUCAUGAGGAGUGUUAGUUCUUGAGAAUAUGAUGCACAGGACAUACUGUCGCUACAACCAAGAUCCUGUUGUAGAUAUCUAGCUUGUUAGGAGUGUUUAGUUCUUUGGGAUAUGAUGCACAGGAGAUACUCUAGUUAGAAUCAACACCCUGUUGUACAUGUUGUAGAUGUCUAGCUUGUAAGUAGUGUUAGUAUUUAGGGAAGUGUUGCACAGGAGAUACUGUACCUACAACCAACACCCUGUUGUAGAUACAUUGUAACUAGUUGUAAGGAGUGUUUAGUUCUUGGGGAUGUGUUGUACAAGAGAUACUCUAGUUAGAAUCAACACCCUGUUGUAGAUACCUAGCUUGUCAGUAGUGUUGGUUCUUGAGAAUGUGUUGCACAGGAGAUCAAUUCACUAUCGCAAUAUGCUUAUUUGUUUCAUACAUUUUUUAUUGUGCUCUGAGUGUAAACACAGUAGUCUAUAGUUUUGCUUGACUGCAGGUCAAGUUUGUGAGAGAUACCAAUAAUGUUCUUCAUGCUUGUAUUUGUCAUUGUGAAUGAUCAAUGUUGACAGUAACCUGCUUUACGUUUGGUUUAUUCUCAGGAAGUCAGCUGGUUCAUGUAAACUUAAAAUGAAUACUGUAAACCUUGUCUGCGUGGCUUUAACUUAAUGUGUUGAUAGUGUUUCUGCUUUUAUGGUUGUUUUGAUCAUGACAUGAAAACAUUGUCCUCCUGUAAAGGUGGUUUUGGCACAUAGAUAGGGACAGUAUUUAUGUAUAUAUCUUGACUGUUUUUUACAGUAUUCUAGUGAUGAAUUAGUAUGUUCUUAGAAUGACAACAGUGCCAUUGUUGUAAGUACAGAAUUGACUGUUAUUGUUGAUGGAAUUCAGCAUUUUGUAAUGUUUAAAUGACAAUGCCUUGAUUGUUAGUGUGGCUUUGUCAGAUCGAUGGUGACAAUCCACUUUUAGGUUUUAGAUGACAACUGUGUAAAUGUAGUCUUCACCGCACAUGUUAUCACUGUUUGGCUUAUGUGUCUUAUCAAAUCUUAUAGCUAUAAAAGUGUGAAGCUGCAAUCUGUGGUUUUACGGCGCAACGUUUACGCUGCACUUGGUGCAUGUUGCAUCAAAACUUGAAAUGAUAAAGGUGUCAUCAGAGCUCCAGAUAAGCUUUUGGUGCUGUGGGUAUUUUACCCAUGCAUUUUAAAAUCAUUGGGUAUCAGUAAUUCUACCUGCGUAUUCAAAUUUCUGUUACCCACUAGUUUUACAC